CGGAAGCGCUGCCCAGUAGCUUUAUGCGCCAUAGCAGUCCCUCUGCGUGUGUAAACUUCCACUCAGGCGUCGGAGCGCUCGUGCGUAGGUACGUGGUGGCGGCGCGCGCCCUGGCGGCCGGGGCGGAGGUGCUGCGGGAGAAGGCGGUGGCCGUCGGCCCCAAGAUCGACUCCCCGCCCGUGUGCCUGGGCUGCUACUCGCCGGCGGACGAGACGACGCCGCUGUGCCCGCGCUGCGGCUGGCCCGCGUGCAGCGACGACUGUGCCGCCGCGCCCGACCACGCCCUCAACGAGUGCAAGGUCUUCGCAGACGCCGGCGUGCGCUUCCAGCCGCCCGAAAAUUGGUGGGAGCCGUGCCCGCAGCUGGAGUGCAUCACGCCGCUGCGCGUGCUGCUGGAGGGGGAGCGGGACCCGCAGCGCUGGAAGGACGAGGUGUCGCAGAUGGAGGCCCACAACGACAUCCGCCGCGAGACGCCCGCGUUCUCGGAGGAGCAGAUUCACUCGGUGUGCGGGUACCUGGAGGUGAACGCCUUCGAGCUGCGCGCGGCGGGAGGCUCGUCGCUGUUGCGCGGCCUCUACCCGCAGAUGGGGCUGCUGUCGCACCGCUGCGUACCCAACACCACCCACUCCAUCUGCACCACGGAGUCGGCGCCCGGCGCGCGUGACCAGUACAGGCUGAUCGUGCGCACGCUGGUGCCGGUGGCGGAGGGCGCGGAGCUGGUGACGUCGUACACGCACGCCCUGGAGCCCACGCUCAUCCGGCGCGAGCAGCUGCUGCGCGGAAAGCACUUCGCGUGCGACUGCGCGCGCUGCGCCGACCCCACGGAGCUCGGCACCAACCUGUCCACGCUCAAGUGCUCCAAGUGCGACAACGGCUGGUGCUCGCUGUGCGAGUUCGCCACGCCCGGGACGGCGGUGCGCAAGGUGCUGGCCGUGAUCCGCGCGGAGCUAGACGAGGCCGACGCCCUGGACGGCGGCUGGGCCGACGCCGGCGCCGUCGAGCGCAGGGAGCAGCUCUGGCGCAAGUACCGCUCCGUGCUGCACCCGAAGCACGCGCUCAUCUGCCAGCUGCGCCACUCGCUGCUGCACCUGUACGGGCGCGCUGAGGGCUACACGCUGCCCGAGCUGCCCGACCUGCUGCUGGAGCGUAAGGUGGAGCUGGCCAAGGACCUGCUGUCCGUCGCCGACGUGCUCAAGCCGGGCUGCUCCCGCCUCAGAGGGACGGUGCUGUACGAGCAGCAUGCGCCGCUGCUGCUGCUGGCGCGGUCGCAGUUCGAGCAGGGCGUGUCGGACGAGCGCCAGCUGCGGAGGGGCAUGGAGGCCGCCGCCAAGGCGCUGAGGGAGAGCGCGGACAUCCUGCUGCUGGAGCCCCCGGACACGGCGGAGGGCGCGCUGGGCGCCGUCGCCAAGGAGUCGCUGGCGCAGCUCGAGGCCUCCAUCGCCACGCUCCCCUCCGACUGAGCCCCAACCCCCACCCCACCCCUCCCCCACCCAACUCUCCCUUGGCACGACGCCACGGAGGAAGGAUGCGCUCUUCUUUAGUACUCUAUACUCAUGCGCCAACUAUAAUGUUAUGGUAGAUUAGAAUACAUGUUACAACCUUCUUGGGUAUAAAGGAGGGGGCGAAAUGAUUACUUUUGCCAACGAACAUUUAGUGAGAAAGUAUAACGGAGUUACACAUGUGAAAUGUUCUUGCGAGUUUUAGGCGAACUCCUCAAGUUUUUUCUCUUGGGGAGGGGGAUGUAAUUUUGAUAUAGUGUACAUCAAUGGUGAAUACAAAUGUAAUUUCUUAUUUUCAUAUUGGCUUAUGGCAGAGUGAAACCCCAUGAGCCCCCUUGGGUACGCCACUAAGCAUAGAUCUUCGGCAGAUCACCUUCCAUCGCCGUCCAGGAGAUUUUAUGUAUUUGCCGAAUAUCUGAAUGCGAGGUUGCUGUACGUUCAGGAGAAAAUACCACAUGUAUAACGCUUAUAAUAUAAUUAUAUUCAUUUCACCACUAUAUAUUUAUUGCCAAAAAGUGAUAAUUUUCAGCCCCUCUAAAGGUCCAAGAAGUUUGGAACAUUAAUUCCAAGAGACCUGCUUGUCGGUCUGAAGAUCAUUGGCGUCCUCUUUGGUCUGACCCUCCUGAUGUCUGAGAUUUGGCUAACAUCGUGGAAAUAUUCUCCCUUCAAAACCCCGCGCUGUAGCCAAGGGUUGGUCUUCGCCUACGCUUUGUCAUUGUGGCGCCCGGGUAGCAUCUCGGAGUAAAUCUCUGGGUAUGCAGGACUCACGUACACUCCCACCUGAUUUGCUUAUUACGCACUUAUGUUUUCCAACUGCAAUUAUGCAUAUGGAACAAAUCUGCAUAUCUCAUAAAAACUAAAAUAUUUAAAUUGCAGAAUUUUUUGUUGUAGAGCAAACAUGCUGACAAUUUACUCGAGCCGCCUCUGCUGAACAAUUCUGAGGUGUUGGAACAGUCAGUUUUAUGGCUCGAUCCCAUGUGAGGUGUCCCGUGGAUAUUCUGCCAAGCGAGUCACUUAGAUACAAAGAUAUUUUUUGUAUGAACAUUUUAUCAAAUAUUGCGGAGCAAGAACGUUCUAUAUCAAGACAGAUUAUCUGGCAAUUCAAGCAAGAUCAAGGCAGAUCUGGUCUCUGGACUGUGAGAUCUCCCAAUAUGUCACCUUUUGACGUUAAUUUGUUGUGUUUGUUGAAUGUUAUAGUUAAGACAAACAAUACCCUCACAAUCAUAAAACAAUAAUAAAUUUUCAGUAAUAUAAUUAUAAUGGGAGCAAUUUCUAACAUACACCAGAUUUUAAGAAAAGAUUCAGCAAACUUUGUGACAGGCAGAAGUGGUUAGCAACAUCACUGCGCGUAGAGGUGACCGGCGCGAAUAGUAAGCAGGGACGUCAGGCUAGCAGUUUUCUGGGGAGCUGAGUAACUAAAGCGCCAAAGUAUUGAAUACACACUUGCACAAUACAUAUUUUCUUUUAAAUGACAAAGUUUCAAAAUUGAGGAUGAAGAAGGAUGAAGUUCAUUAUUUUUCUUUUCUAAUGACAAGUGAUGUAGGUAUGCCUACUUCAUAAUCAAACCAUUGUGAAUCAAACCAAAGUCAUAGAAAUUGAUUUAAAAAACCGACUUUCGAUAAAAAUAAGAUUGUUUUAAUAUUUUUUUAAAAUUAUCAAUAUUCGCCUUCCGUGGUUCAAAUUGUUACGAUGUCCAUCCCUCUCAUCUCCUUUCAGAUUAUGUUGUUUUAUCGUAAUAAAUUAUCUUCAAGUCUACAAAAGACAGAGUAGUAUUGUAUAAAUCCUUUAAGUAUUGAUGUAGUGAUUCAACUUACUUUAGCUGUCCAUUAAUGGUUAAUUACGAGUUAGUUCAAUCCUUAAUCACUGAUCCACAAUCACUGAUCUCAUGUGUCCUUUUACUAAUCUCUGAAGUAGAUAUUAAUUUACUUUUAUCUGAGAUUCUUUUUUGUAAGUCUGUAAAUAAUGUAAAUUAAAGAACAAAAAAUUACAUCAAAUUAACUUCUUCAUAUCAUCAUUUCUAUUGUAAAAUGCUUAUUAAGAAAGGCACGUUCUUUCAAUACUCAAUAUUUUUCAAACGAUGCUUUCACAUAUAACACCUUUUUUUUAAUUCCAACUCCUAUAAGACAGAAAUAAAAUUAUUUGCCUAGAAAAGGGAUACAAUACGUUCAUGAAACCUUUAACCUAAUACAAAAUACAAAUUCUGAUAUAUUUUGCCGCAAUCAUUAUUAAAGCAAAGAAUUUUCUCAGAAGGUUAAACUCAUGCCCUUCUACUAUCCAGCUGAAAUGCUAUUUCUUUAGUAAUAUUAUAUUACAUACUUCAUUAAAUGUAAGAGCACAAGUCCAAGAAUGUCAACUUGUUCCUUUAAUGUACAUACCUUUAUGUAGUGAAUAUUGUAUGUUGUGAAUAAAUCUCAUGAAUUAAUUGUGUCUUCUUGUAUGUAUUGCUAUUUUACACUUAUUUCUAUUUUAGUAUUGUUUAUAGAAGAAAAGAACGCUAGACGAAGGUGGUUCCGCCUCAUCGUACCACAAGCCUCUCAUUUAACUCGCAAAACACUUCAAAAAUUGUUUAUUCCUAAUAUUUAUGAACAAAAAAUAUGGUAUCUCGAAACAAGGUAAGAAAGAAAGGAAAGAAAGAGCUAUUAAUAGCAUUCUGGCCACUGGCGGUUUCUCAAGGGGGAAAAGAAAUCCUCCCUUCACAGACUUUCU